AAGCUUACGUUUUGUGAUAUGACUUCUAGGCCUCAUGGGAAGCCUGAUAUAUCCGAUAUGGGUCGAAUGGCACAGGAGACUCAAUAUAGUUCUGGGACUUCUCGUUAUAGCAGUAGACAGUCUUCCGUCGAGCCUGGCUGUGGAGGGAACUCAAGUAGAAGCAUGGACCCAAGGGAAUUGCGCAGCCAACUACAGGGGCUGGAAGAAAAAUUCAAAAGUGCUAUGGUUGCCAAUGCCCAAAUGGAUAACGAGAAGCAGGUUCUUAGGUAA